UCCGUGACCGGCGCCCGAGGCCUGCCUCGGUCCGGCUGUCCUUCGGGCUGUGGGCGCGACCGGCGGGCGCGGCCUGUGGCGGGGUCCUCCGGGAAGGUCGGCAGUGGGAGCGGAGCUUCUGUCCUGGUUCCUACUGUGGUGUGUGUGGAGCUGACCCCGUCUGUGCACAGUCUUGCCAAGGGUCUGGAGAGGGUAGCCCCACCCUGAGGAAGGGGCUCAGGAGGAGCCGGGUGGCGGAACUCUGCCACCAUGAAGGUCAAAGUCAUCCCAGUGCUUGAAGACAACUACAUGUACCUGGUCAUCGAGGAGCACACGCGGGAGGCCUUGGCCGUGGACGUGGCUGUGCCCAAAAGGCUGCUGGAGAUCGUGGGCCGGGAGGGGGUGUCACUGACCACCGUGCUGACCACCCACCACCACUGGGACCACGCUCGUGGCAACGCAGAGCUGGCAAGGCUGCUGCCUGGGCUGGAGGUGCUGGGCGCGGAUGAACGUAUCUGUGCGCUGACCCGCAGGCUGGUGCAUGGCGAGGAGCUGCAGUUUGGUGCCAUCCACGUGCGCUGCCUCCUGACACCUGGCCACACCUCCGGCCACAUGAGUUACUUUCUGUGGGAAGACGAGUGUCCAGACCCCCCCGCCGUGUUCUCAGGGGAUGCACUGUCAGUGGCCGGCUGCGGCUCACGCCUGGAGAGCACAGCUCAGCUGAUGUACCAGAGCUUGGUGGAGACCUUGGGCACACUGCCCGCUGAGACAAAGGUGUUCUGUGGGCACGAGCACACGGUGGGCAACCUCGAGUUUGCGCAAAAAGUGGAGCCUUGCAACGACCACGUGAAGGCCAAGCUGUCGUGGGCCAAGAAGAGGGAUGAGGACGAUGUGCCCACAGUGCCAUCCACCCUGGGCGAGGAAUGUCUUUACAACCCUUUUCUGCGGGUGGCAGAGGAGCCCGUGCGCAAGUUCACAGGGAAGGUGGCCCCAGCCGAAGUCCUACAAGUGCUGUGCAGGGAGCGACUGAGCUUCGAGCGGGCGGCGGAGCCGCUGCAGCCGCAGGCCCGGGCGCUGCUCGCGCUGCAGUGGGGGCUCCUGAGUGCGCCGCGACAGAAGUGAGCUCUGCGUGGCCCCCGUGCCCCUCCUCCCUUGACCCACAGGAGGGUCGCGCCCUCCUCAGCCCGGCCCGGCCUGGGCGGGUGGACACCCAGGCCCCUCUCUGGGCCACAGUGAGCGCCAAGACCCGGGUGUUUGGGAAGCAGCCUAGUGGCUCCCGAGCUUUGAAUAAAGCUUUGAAAAGCCUCUUUUCUGA